GCCAGCAGCGGGAGCAGAUCAGAGUGAGGAUGGAGACCAAACCUGCAGUGAACGGCCAUGCAGCCCCCAUGUCUCCCCAGGAGGACACCCCAGGAGCCAACCACUGGUGCCAGGAUGUGCUGGAGAACAAGGGGACCAAACUGAUGGGGAUGGAUGGUCCCAUUGAGCGCUCAGCCACAGCCGGCAGCAUUGCUGGAGUGUAUGUGGAGGCUUCCAAGAGGAUGAUGGGGUUUUAUGAUGCCACCAGGGAGCACCUCCUGAGUCUGGACUCGGCUCUGUGCCUCCUGGAGGCCCAGGCAGCCACAGGCUUCCUGGCUGACCUGGUGAAGAACAAGUGGGUGCCUGUGGCAGAGGCUGUGCAGAGGGGGCUGGUGGGGCUGGAGCUCAAGGACAAGCUGCUCUCUGCAGAGAGAGCUGCUACCGGCUUUGUGGACCCCUACACGGAAGAGAAGAUCCCUCUGUUCCAGGCGAUGCAGAAGGAGCUGGUGGGGAGGGAUCGAGGCAUCCGCCUGCUCCAGGCCCAGAUGGCCACCGGUGGCGUCAUUGACCCCAGCACCGGCCACCGGCUCCCGGCAGAUGUGGCUUGUGAGAGAGGAUACUUAGAUGAAGAGAUGAACCAGCUCCUCUCUGAUCCAAGCAAUGAGGAUGGCAAAGGUUUCCUCCACCCCAGCACCAUGGAGAGGGUCACAUACAUGGAGCUGAUGCGGAGCUGUGUCAUUGAGCCGGGCUCAGGCUUCCUCCUCUUGCCCCUGCAGAUGACAUUCACAGGGCUGGGAGGGCAGGUGAGCAGCAGGGACCUGCUGGACUUGGGCAUCAUCAGCUCCGACACCUUCCGAGCUCUGGAGGAAGGAAGAGUCUCUGCCCAGGAGGUGGCAGAGACUGACUCAGUUGAGCGGUUCCUACAUGGGACAAGGACUGUGGCUGGUGUUGUUCUGCCUUCGGGUGAGCAGAAGAGCCUUUACCAGGCUCUGAGGGAGCAUCUCCUCAUGCCUGGCACUGCCCUGAUGCUGCUGCAGGUCCAGGCCUCCACCAGCAGCCUGGCAGACCCCAUCCAGAACAGAAGCUACCCUGUGGAUGAGGCUGUUAGAGUCGGGCUCGUUGGCCCUGAGCUCCAUGAGAAGCUGUCUUCAGCCGAGAAGACCAUCACAGGCUACAGGGACCCCUGCACUGGAGAACUGCUCUCUCUGUUCCAAGCCAUCAGGAAGGGCUUUGUUGCCAGGGAUCAUGGUCUCUGCCUUCUGGAGGCUCAGGUAGCCACUGGUGGGGUAAUUGCUCCGGGAAGACACCUCCGUGUCCCCAUGGAGACAGCCUGCAAGUGGGGGUACCUGGACGAGCCCACGAGGCAGCUCCUCUGCACUCCUACCAAUGACAUGAGGAGGUUCUUGGACCCCAUCUCCAAGGAGAAGAUGACCUACACGGAGCUGCUCAAGUGCUGUGUGACUGACCCCAGCUCUGGGCUCCUGCUGCUGCCCCUCGGAGGGGACAGCAGAGAGGAGCUCAAUGGAACCCACCUCUUCUUUGACCACAGGACACAGGCAGCUCUGGAAAGCACACGGGUACCUGUUGCUUGGGGCAAAUACAAGGGGAAGUCCAUGUCUCUAUGGAAGCUUCUCUUCUCAGACUACAUCCCGAGCGAGCAGAGAGCUGCUCUGUCCCAGCAGUACCUUACAGGAACACUGUCCAUGGACGAGCUGAGUCAGGCUGUCAGUGCCACCAUUGAGGAGAUGGCUUCCCAUGCUAACAUCACCUUUGAGGGACUGCGGGACCGGGUGACUGCUGACCAGCUCCUGAGCUCGGAGAUCAUCAACCAGGAUUUGUUUAAGAGACUCAAGGAGGGGGAAACGUUGGCCAAAGAGGUCACCAGCAUGGACACGGUCAGGAAGUACCUGCAAGGAACAGGCAGCAUCGGUGGUCUCCUGCUUCCUGACUCCCAGGAGAAGAUCAGCAUCUACCAGGCGAAGCGGAAGGGGCUUCUGAGGCCAGGAACGUCCCUGAUCCUCCUGGAGGCUCAGGCUGCCACAGGGUUCAUCAUUGACCCGGCUGCCAACAGGAAGUACUCCGUGGAUGAGGCUCUUCGAGCGGGUGUCAUCGGCCCUGAUGUCUAUGACAAGCUUCUGGCUGCAGAGAAAUCAGUCACCGGCUACAGAGAUCCCUACUCAGGGGACACCAUCUCCCUGUUCCAGGCCAUGCAGAAGGAGCUCAUUGUCAGGGAACACGGCAUCCGCCUGUUGGAGGCUCAGAUCGCCACCGGUGGUAUCAUCGACCCCGUCAACAGCCACCGCAUCCCCGUUGAGGUCGCCUACAAACGUGGGUACUUCGACAAGAAGAUGAACCUGAUCCUGUCGGACCCCAGCGAUGACACCAAAGGCUUCUUCGACCCCAACACCCACGAGAACCUCACCUACCUGCAGCUGAAGGAGAAGUGCAUCACGGAGCCGUCCACGGGGCUCUGCCUGUUGCCCCUGAACAGCAGAAGGCGUCAGUUCGUGGAUGGAGCCACCAGAGAGGUGUUCAGGAGCUCCUGGAUGCCUGUCAGGUUCGGGCGGUUGCGGGGAGCGAAGGUGUCCGUGUGGGACCUGCUCAACUCCGAGUACUUCAGCGAGGGGAAGCGCAGGGAGGUCUUCACCCAUUACCAGCUGAGGAAGAUCAGCCUGGAGCAAAUCCGGGCGAUGCUGGAGGAGGAAAUGAAGAGAUGGGCACCCAUCAAGUUCCCGGCCAUGAGGGGCAGUGUCAGCGCCUACCACCUGAUGGAGACGGGUGUCAUUGACAGAGCCCUGUUUGAGAGGCUGCUGGAGGGAGCUGUGAAGCCAGAGGAUGUCCUGCACAUGGACUCUGUCAGGAAGUACCUCUAUGGCUCUGGCAGCAUUGGGGGCAUCGUUCUCCAGCCGUCAAACCAGAGGAUAAGCAUUUACGAGGCCAUGAAGCAGAACAUCAUGUUACCUGGAAUGGCCCUUCCGCUGCUGGAGGCUCAGGCUGCCACAGGCUUCAUCAUCGACCCAGUCAACAACCAGAAGCUCUGUGUGGAUGAUGCCAUCAAGGAGGGAGUCAUUGGACCAGAGAUCCAUGAGAAGCUGCAGCAUGUGGAAGGGGCUGUCACCGGCUACAAGGAUCCUUUCACAGGCAAGAAGAUUCCCCUCUUCCAGGCAAUGAAGAAAGGGCUGAUCGCGGACAAACAGGCCAUGCAGUUGAUGGAGGUGCAGAUGGCUACAGGAGGCAUCAUUGACCCAACCUGUGGCCACUACAUCCCCAUUGAGUCCGCCCAGAAACGAGGGUGCCUGGAUGAGGACACGAGCAAGGCUCUUCUGAAGCCCAGUGAUGACAACAGAGCCUUCUGCAUCCCAGACAGCAAAGAGGCCAUGAGCUAUGCGGAGCUCAUCAAGCGCUGCCAGAAGGACGAGGUCUCCGGCUUCCACUUGCUGCCUGUGGCACAGGCAGCUGCUCCUGCCCGCAGUGAUGGAGAGAUCCAGCGCAUCCUUAAGGAAACCAUGGUGACGGAGAGAGGGGUCUCCCUAUGGGAGCUCAUCCACUCCGGGUAUUUCACUGAGGAGCAGAGGAGGGACCUUGUGGAGAGGUUCAGGUCCGAGGGGAUCUCACUGCAGGAGCUGGUUGCUCUGGUGCUGAGGUUGGUUGAGGAGAUGGAGAUGAAGGCUCGUACCCAGAUCAGCUUGGAGGGGCUGCGGGGCAGGGUCCCGGCCGUGUGGCUGUUGGAUGCCGGCAUCAUUACAAAGAAGACGUUUGAAGAGCUGGCCCAGGGCAUACGGACUCCUGAGGAGGUGGCUGCGAUGGAGGGUGUGAGGAGUUACCUGCAGGGCACAGGCAGCAUCGCUGGGGUGUUCAUACAGGCAUCCAAAAGGAAGAUGAGCUUUUAUGAUGCCAUGAAGAACCAUCUCCUCCUGCCUGGGGCUGCGCUGAGGCUGCUGGAAGCUCAGGCAGCCACAGGGUAUCUGAGUGACCCAGCAACGAACCAGAGGCUGAGUGUGAGGGAUGCAGUGAGAGCUGCUGUGGUGGGUGAGGAGCUCACUGAGAAGCUCCUCCUGGCCGAGCGGGCAGUGACCGGAUACACAGACCCCUACACUGGGAACUCCAUCUCCCUGUGCCAAGCGCUCCGGAAGGAGCUGGUUCCUCUGGGAGAGGCUGUUCCCUUGGUGCAGGCUCAGUUGGCCACCGGAGGGGUCAUUGAUCCCAUUCACCACCUCCACCUUCCGCUCCAGGCCGCAUACAGGUAUGGUUUCUAUGAUGAGGACCUCAACCAGACCCUGUCCCAGCCGGAUGACAGCACCAAAGUCUUCUUUGACCCCAACACAAAGGAGAACGUGACCUACCAGCAGCUGAAGGACAGAUGCUUCCAGGAGCCCGAGUCAGGUCUCUGGCUCCUUCCCCUGUCCGAAAACGCCAUGUUCUGUGUGGAUGAACAGACCAUGGAGGUGCUGAAGUCUGUGACCGUCUGUGUCAACAUAGGGCGCUUCAAAGGACAGACGGUGUCAGUCUGGGACCUCCUCAACUCUGAAUACCUCUCAGACAGCAAAAGGAGAGAGCUGGUGCAGAGGUACAAAGAGGAGAACACUGAAGUGCUGCAUGAAAUCAUAGCGAUUGUCACCACGAUCAUCAAAGAGACAGAGACACAAGGGAAGAAGUUUGCAUUCAAGGGCCUGCGGAAAAGGGUUUCUGCCAGUGACCUCUUCCAGUCCCAACUGAUAGACAAGAAAACCCUCGAUGAGCUCAACCAGGGGAAGAAAACAGUCAAAGAGGUGACUGAAAUGGACUCUGUCCGCAGGUACCUGGAGGGCAGCAACUUCAUAGCAGGGGUCCUCAUACAGCCAAGCAAUGUGAAGAUGAGCAUCUACCAGGCCAUGAGGAAGGGCAUCCUGAGGCCAGGGACAGCCCUGGUGCUGCUGGAGGCUCAGGCUGCCACCGGCUACAUCAUUGACCCGGAGAAGAACCAGAAGCUGUCGGUGGAGGAAGCGUUUGCUGCAGGUCUCAUUGGAGGGGAGGUGUUUGACAAGCUGCUCUGUGCAGAACGAGCCGUCACCGGCUACACCGACCCCUACACCAAAGCCCCAAUGUCCCUGUUUGAAGCCAUGAACCAAGGGCUGAUCGUGAAGAGCCACGGCAUCCGGUUGUUGGAGGCUCAGAUCGCCACCGGUGGCAUCAUUGACCCCAUCAACAGCCACCGCAUCCCAGUUGAGGUUGCCUACAAACGUGGGUACUUCAACCAGGAGAUGAACCAGAUCCUGUCGGACCCCAGCGAUGACACCAAGGGCUUCUUCGACCCCAACACCCAUGAGAACCUCACCUACAUGCAGCUGCUGGAGAGGUGUGUCCAGGAUCCAGAGACUGGGCUGUACAUGCUACAGGUUGUACAGGAGGGAGGGAGGUACUUGUACAUUGAUGAGCUUACGAAGCAGGACUUGCGCUCAAAGCCUCUGAACAUCAAAGUUGGGAAGUUUAAGGACCAGACAGUUUCCAUCUGGGACAUUCUCUGCUCCCAUUACAUCUCCGAGCAGAGAAGGAAGGAGCUGGUGAUGCAGUACAAGUGCAAGACCCUAACACUGGAGGGUCUUACAGCCCUUCUCUUGAGAGUCAUUGAGGACACAGAGCAAAGAGCAGGAGCCCUGAAGGUGAAAGGACUCUGGGGGGAUGUGUCGAUAUCAGAACUGUUUGACUCUGAGAUCAUUGACAAGAAGACUCUGGAGCAGCUCCAGGAUGGAAGUCUCACACUUACCAACCUCACCAACAGGGACACCAUCAGGAGGUACUUAGAGGGCACUGGAUGCAUUGCUGGGGUUGUACUCCCAUCGAGGAAAGAGAAGAUGAGCAUCUACCAGGCCCUGAAGAAGGGUCUGCUGACAGAGCAGUGUGCUCUGGGGCUGCUGGAGGCACAGGCUGCCACUGGUUUCCUCAUUGACCCACUGGGAAACAAGAGGCUCUCUGUGGACGAGGCCAUCUCAUCUGGACUGGUGGGGAGCAGCUUCCAGAGGCAGCUGCUGUCAGCAGAGAGAGCUGUGACGGGAUACACAGAUCCCCAGACAGGAAAGACAAUGUCCCUGUUUCAGGCCAUAAAGCAGAAGGUAACACCCAAGGACCAUGGCAUCCAUCUGCUCGAGGCCCAGAUUGCCACCGGCGGCAUCAUUGACCCCAUGCACAACCACCGCCUGCCCUUGGAGGUGGCCUACAGGCGCGGACACCUGGAUGAGGACAUGUUCCUCUUGCUGUCUGAUGCUGACCAUGGUACCAAAGGGUUUAUAGACCCAAACACUCAUGAGAAGAUCAGUUACAGUCAACUCCUGCAGAGGUGUUCCAAGGACAGAGAAACCGGCUGGUACCUGCUGCAGGUCAUGGAGAAGGAUGAUGACUAUUUCUACAUUGACAAGCAAACAAAAGCAGCUCUGUUGUCUACAGAGGUGCAAGUGCCUGUUGGGAAAUACAAAGGACAAGUGUUGUCACUAUGGGAACUUCUCUGCUCUGAGUACAUCACAGAGGAGAAGAGGAAAGAACUGGUGAAAAAAUACAAAGAGGAAUCUCAUCACAUCAUCCAAGGGAUCAUUGAAACCAUACUAACCAUCAUUAAAGAGAAGGAGGAAGGCAGAAGGGAUGUGUGGUUCCAAGGACUCAGACAACAGAUCACAGCAUCAGAGCUGCUCAGAGCACAGAUAAUUACAGAGGAAACGAUGGAAAAGCUCCAGAAAGGAAGAGAAACAGCAGAAGAAAUAUCUCAGAUGGACAGUGUGAGACAAUACCUGGAAGGCACCGGCUGCAUUGCCGGCAUCCUGGUGCCAUCCAAAGCUGACCCCGGUAAGAUGGAGAAGAUGAGCAUCUACCAGGCCAUGUGGAAGGGCAUCCUGAGGCAGGGCACGGCCCUGGUGCUGCUGGAGGCACAGGCGGCCACCGGCUUUGUCAUUGACCCAGUCAACAACAAGAAGAUGUCAGUGGAUGAAGCUGUGUCCUCAGGGCUGGUAGGGAGUGAACUGCACAAGAAGCUUCUGUCUGCAGAGAGAUCCGUGACAGGUUACACCGACCCCUGCACGGGACAGAAGCUCUCCCUGUUCCAGGCGCUGCAGAAGGAGCUCAUCGUCAAGGACCACGGCAUCCGGUUGUUGGAGGCUCAGAUCGCCACCGGCGGCAUCAUCGACCCCGUGCACAGCCACCGCCUGCCCGUGGAGGUGGCCUAUGAGCGCGGGUACCUCGAUGAGGAGAUGAACCGGAUCCUGUCGGACCCCAGCGAUGACACCAAGGGCUUCUUCGACCCCAACACAGAGGAGAACCUCACCUACAUGCAGCUCCUGCGCCGCUGCCUGCCCGACCCGGACACGGGGCUGCUGAUGCUCCAUGUGAUGGACAAGGGCUCUGUGGUCCAUCAGCUCAGUAAAGAUGCUCGGCAAGCCCUGCAGGGCACCCGCACCACAGUCAGCGUGGGGCUGUUCCAGGGGCAGAGCGUCACCCUCUGGGAGCUGCUGUUCUCCCGGUACGUGCCCGAUCACCGGCGCCAGGAGCUGCUGCGCCGGUACCAGGAUGGGAGCGUCAGCGUCUCGGAGCUGAGCACCCUGCUCAGCACCAUCAUCAGUGAGGCUGAGCAGCAGGAGGCUCCGGCGCCGCUGCCCACCCCCAACGGCGAGGCCGUGAGCUCAUGGCAGCAGCUGGAGCUGGAGCUGGAGCGGUCCCUGCGGUGCCGCAGCGCGGAGGUCCCGGCCGGCAGCUUCCGCGGCACGAAGGUGUCCCUGUGGGAGCUGCUGUUCUCCCGGUACGUGAGCGAGGCCAAGAGGCAGGAGCUGCUGGGGCUGCUGCGCGCCGGGAGCCUGGCGCUGGACCAGCUGGCAGCGGCGCUGGUGGCGCUGGUGCGGGAGGCGCUGGAGCUUGGCAGCGCCGUGAAGUUCACCGGGCUGCGGAGGCAGGUGAGCGCCGCGGACCUGGCGGACUCGGGCAUCCUGGACAAGGAGACGCUGGCCGAGCUGGUGCAGGGCACCAAGACCGUGGCGGAGGUGACGGAGAUGGCCUCGGUCAAGCGCUACCUGGACGGCACCGGCUGCAUCGCCGGCGUCCUGGUGCCCUCCAAAGCAGACCCCGGCAAGCUGGAGAAGAUGAGCAUCUACCAGGCCAUGUGGAAGGGCAUCCUGAGGCAGGGCACGGCCCUGGUGCUGCUGGAGGCACAGGCGGCCACCGGCUUUGUCAUUGACCCCGUCAACAACCAGAAGCUGUCAGUGGAUGAAGCUGUGUCCUCGGGGCUGGUAGGGAGUGAACUGCAGGAGAAGCUGCUGUCGGCCGAGCGCGCGGUGACCGGAUACACCGAUCCCUACACCGGUGAGCGCAUCUCCCUGUUCCAGGCGCUGCAGAAGGAGCUCAUCGUCAAGGACCACGGCAUCCGGUUGUUGGAGGCUCAGAUCGCCACCGGCGGCAUCAUCGACCCCGUGCACAGCCACCGCCUGCCCGUGGAGGUGGCCUAUGAGCGCGGGUACUUCAAUGAGGAGAUGAACCGGAUCCUGUCGGACCCCAGCGAUGACACCAAGGGCUUCUUCGACCCCAACACCCACGAGAACCUCACCUACAUGCAGCUCAAGGAUCGGUGUGUGCCCGACCCGGACACGGGGCUACUGAUGCUCCAUGUGAUGGACAAGGGCUCUGUGGUCCAUCAGCUCAGUAAAGAUGCUCGGCAAGCCCUGCAGGGCACCCGCACCACAGUCAGCGUGGGGCUGUUCCAGGGGCAGAGCAUCACCCUCUGGGAGCUGCUGUUCUCCCGGUAUGUGCCGGAUCACCGGCGCCAGGAGCUGCUGCGCCGGUACCAGGAUGGGAGCGUCAGCGUCUCGGAGCUGAGCACCCUGCUCAGCACCAUCAUCAGUGAGGCUGAGCAGCAGGAGGCUCCGGCGCCGCUGCCCACCCACAACGGCGAGGCCGUGAGCUCAUGGCAGCAGCAGGAGCUGGAGCUGGAGCGGUCCCUGCGGUGCCGCAGCGCGGAGGUCCCAGCCGGCAGCUUCCGCGGCACGAAGGUGUCCCUGUGGGAGCUGCUGUUCUCCCGGUACGUGAGCGAGGCCAAGAGGCAGGAGCUGCUGGGGCUGCUGCGCGCCGGGAGCCUGGCGCUGGACCAGCUGGCAGCGGCGCUGGUGGCGCUGGUGCGGGAGGCGCUGGAGCUUGGCAGCGCCGUGAAGUUCACCGGGCUCCGGAGGCAGGUGAGCGCCACGGACCUGGCGGACUCGGGCAUCCUGGACAAGGAGACGCUGGCGGAGCUGGUGCAGGGCACCAAGACCGUGGCGGAGGUGACGGAGAUGGCCUCGGUCAAGCGCUACCUGGACGGCACCGGCUGCAUCGCCGGCGUGUUGGUGCCCUCCAAAGCUGAGCCCGGCAAGCUGGAGAAGAUGAGCAUCUACCAGGCCAUGUGGAAGGGCAUCCUGAGGCAGGGCACGGCCCUGGUGCUGCUGGAGGCACAGGCGGCCACCGGCUUUGUCAUUGACCCCGUCAACAACCAGAAGCUGUCGGUGGAUGAAGCUGUGUCCUCGGGGCUGGUAGGGAGUGAACUGCAGGAGAAGCUGCUGUCGGCCGAGCGCGCGGUGACCGGAUACACUGAUCCCUACACCGGUGAGCGCAUCUCCCUGUUCCAGGCGCUGCAGAAGGAGCUCAUCGUCAAGGACCACGGCAUCCGGUUGUUGGAGGCUCAGAUCGCCACCGGCGGCAUCAUCGACCCCGUGCACAGCCACCGCCUGCCCGUGGAGGUGGCCUAUGAGCGCGGGUACUUCAAUGAGGAGAUGAACCGGAUCCUGUCGGACCCCAGCGAUGACACCAAGGGCUUCUUCGACCCCAACACCCACGAGAACCUCACCUACAUGCAGCUCAAGGAUCGGUGUGUGCCCGACCCGGACACGGGGCUGCUGAUGCUGCAGCUGAUGGACAAGGGCUCUGUGGUCCAUCAGCUCAGUAAAGAUGCUCGGCAAGCCCUGCAGGGCACCCGCACCACACUCAGCGUGGGGCUGUUCCAGGGGCAGAGCAUCACCCUCUGGGAGCUGCUGUUCUCCCGGUACGUGCCGGAUCACCGGCGCCAGGAGCUGCUGCGCCGGUACCAGGAUGGGAGCGUCAGCGUCUCGGAGCUGAGCACCCUGCUCAGCACCAUCAUCAGUGAGGCUGAGCAGCAGGAGGCUCCGGCGCCGCUGCCCACCCCCAACGGCGAGGCCGUGAGCUCAUGGCAGCAGCAGGAGCUGGAGCUGGAGCUGGAGCUGGAGCGGUCCCUGCGGUGCCGCAGCGCGGAGGUCCCGGCCGGCAGCUUCCGCGGCACGAAGGUGUCCCUGUGGGAGCUGCUGUUCUCCCGGUACGUGAGCGAGGCCAAGAGGCAGGAGCUGCUGGGGCUGCUGCGCGCCGGGAGCCUGGCGCUGGACCAGCUGGCAGCGGCGCUGGUGGCGCUGGUGCGGGAGGCGCUGGAGCUUGGCAGCGCCGUGAAGUUCACCGGGCUGCGGAGGCAGGUGAGCGCCGCGGACCUGGCGCACUCGGGCAUCCUGGACAAGGAGACGCUGGCGGAGCUGGUGCAGGGCACCAAGACCGUGGCGGAGGUGACGGAGAUGGCCUCGGUCAAGCGCUACCUGGACGGCACCGGCUGCAUCGCCGGCGUGUUGGUGCCCUCCAAAGCAGACCCCGGCAAGCUGGAGAAGAUGAACAUCUACCAGGCCAUGUGGAAGGGCAUCCUGAGGCAGGGCACGGCCCUGGUGCUGCUGGAGGCACAGGCGGCCACCGGCUUUGUCAUUGACCCAGUCAACAACCAGAAGCUGUCAGUGGAUGAAGCUGUGUCCUCGGGGCUGGUGGGCAGUGAACUGCACGAGAAGCUGCUGUCGGCCGAGCGCGCGGUGACCGGAUACACCGAUCCCUACACCGGUGAGCGCAUCUCCCUGUUCCAGGCGCUGCAGAAGGAGCUCAUCGUCAAGGACCACGGCAUCCGGUUGUUGGAGGCUCAGAUCGCCACCGGCGGCAUCAUCGACCCCGUGCACAGCCACCGCCUGCCCGUGGAGGUGGCCUAUGAGCGCGGGUACUUCAAUGAGGAGAUGAACCGGAUCCUGUCGGACCCCAGCGAUGACACCAAGGGCUUCUUCGACCCCAACACGGAGGAGAACCUCACCUACAUGCAGCUCCUGCGCCGCUGCCUGCCCGACCCGGACACGGGGCUGCUGAUGCUCCAUGUGAUGGACAAGGGCUCUGUGGUCCAUCAGCUCAGUAAAGAUGCUCGGCAAGCCCUGCAGGGCACCCGCACCACAGUCAGCGUGGGGCUGUUCCAGGGGCAGAGCAUCACCCUCUGGGAGCUGCUGUUCUCCCGGUACGUGCCCGAUCACCGGCGCCAGGAGCUGCUGCGCCGGUACCAGGAUGGGAGCGUCAGCGUCUCGGAGCUGAGCACCCUGCUCAGCACCAUCAUCAGUGAGGCUGAGCAGCAGGAGGCUCCGGCGCCGCUGCCCACCCACAACGAAGAGGCCGUGAGCUCAUGGCAGCAGCAGGAGCUGGAGCUGGAGCGGUCCCUGCGGUGCCGCAGCGCGGAGGUCCCGGCCGGCAGCUUCCGCGGCACGAAGGUGUCCCUGUGGGAGCUGCUGUUCUCCCGGUACGUGAGCGAGGCCAAGAGGCAGGAGCUGCUGGGGCUGCUGCGUGCCGGGAGCCUGGCGCUGGACCAGCUGGCAGCGGCGCUGGUGGCGCUGGUGCGGGAGGCGCUGGAGCUUGGCAGCGCCGUGAAGUUCACCGGGCUCCGGAGGCAGGUGAGCGCCGCGGACCUGGCGCACUCGGGCAUCCUGGACAAGGAGACGCUGGUGGAGCUGGUGCAGGGCACCAAGACCGUGGCGGAGGUGACGGAGAUGGCCUCGGUCAAGCGCUACCUGGACGGCACCGGCUGCAUCGCCGGCGUGUUGGUGCCCUCCAAAGCAGACCCCGGCAAGCUGGAGAAGAUGAGCAUCUACCAGGCCAUGUGGAAGGGCAUCCUGAGGCAGGGCACGGCCCUGGUGCUGCUGGAGGCACAGGCGGCCACCGGCUUUGUCAUUGACCCAGUCAACAACCAGAAGCUGUCGGUGGAUGAAGCUGUGUCCUCGGGGCUGGUGGGGAGUGAGCUGCACGAGAAGCUGCUGUCGGCCGAGCGCGCGGUGACCGGAUACACCGAUCCCUACACCGGUGAGCGCAUCUCCCUGUUCCAGGCGCUGCAGAAGGAGCUCAUCGUCAAGGACCACGGCAUCCGGUUGUUGGAGGCUCAGAUCGCCACCGGCGGCAUCAUCGACCCCGUGCACAGCCACCGCCUGCCCGUGGAGGUGGCCUAUGAGCGCGGGUACUUCAAUGAGGAGAUGAACCGGAUCCUGUCGGACCCCAGCGAUGACACCAAGGGCUUCUUCGACCCCAACACCCACGAGAACCUCACCUACAUGCAGCUCAUGGGUCGGUGUGUGCCCGACCCGGACACGGGGCUUUACUUUCUCAGUGUUUCUAGAAUGUAGAUUUCUGACUUUUCCCAUUUUUGCCCCGUUUCGGUGCUGAUUUUUUUGCAUGUUUCUGGUUUGUUUUUCAUUGUUUUCUUUCUUUUUUAUAUCGUAUUUUAUAAACUUCUACUCCCAUUGAAA